GCGCGGCCUCUGCCGCCGAGCGCCCCUGCGCGGGGGCUGCUGGGAGCUGUAGUAGGGCGUGGGGAGAAGAUGGCGUCCAAGGUGAGCCUGGUGCUGCGGCCGGUGAAGAGUAUCGUGGUCCGGUUCUGCCCCUUCGAGCCCAACGUGGAGAGCACCAGAAAAUUUCUCCAAAGUAUUUACCAUAAAAAAGUCCAAGCUACUAACACAAACUGUGAAGUGACUGCUGAUGUGAGACAUGAUGGAUCUGAACCAGUUGUAGAUGUUACAUUUGCUGAUGGAGAUCGACUGAUAAUGAAGGGAGCCCACUUGACGACAGGGGAAAUGUUAACAGCAUUGGCAUCCAGAUGUAAUGCAAAAGACCUUAAGGAAGAACAGAAGAGCAAGAAGAAGAAUCCCUGAAGAAUGGAAAACCAGCUGUGUUUGCAUCGACAUGUGUUAGAAACAGCAGUCUGCACAGAAGGCUUUUUCCUAUGCAACAAAAUGUGAGAGAUGGCCAAAAGACUUUAAAUGUUCCCUGCCUUCCCUUGAAGGAGAACAUACUAGAUCAACACAUCUUCUUACAGUAGUGGUUCAGAGUGGAAUAAGAUGCAUGAAUGCAUCUUUCUAAGCAGCUGCAUGUUGGACUAAUAUCACAUGUAUUUGCAUUUCAAUGUGAAUAAUGCACAUUAGCUAUUAAAUUAAUACUGCAAUGAA